ACACAACAAGGAAACUACACCGCACAGCCUCAGACGCCUUCAUUUUAUGUGUGUGUGUGUUUUAAUUAUAGUGGCGUCUGUGGAAGCGGCACCGGAGCUCGAACACGCGGACUCGAGCGUCCGGAGGAGGAAAAAGGAGCCGCUUGUUUUCACCCGAGUGGGAUUUAAAGUCGCUCUGCGUCGCUUAUGGACUCGGAGCCACCCAGCUCUCCACAGGUGGUGGAGGACGGAGGAGAGGAGGACGAGGAGGAACUGAGUGGAGGAGAGGAGGCGGACCUGCGGUCCAGCUCCGGCCGGGGCUCCCUGCUGACCCGGAGGGGCAUCACCCUGAGAGUGCUGCUCAAGGACGGCCUGGUGGAGCCGGGCGACGGCGUGCUGGCGAUCCACUACUUGGGCAAGAACUUUGUAGGAGACCUGUUGAAUGAUGGGAAAAUCAGGUGGGUGGAGACCGGGCAGAUCUUCAACUCCCCGAGUGCCUGGGCGACGCACUGCAAACGCCUGGUCAACCCGGCCAAGAAGUCCGGCUGCGGCUGGGCGUCGGUGCGCUACCGGGGCCAGAAGCUGGUCCAGUACAAAACCACCUGGCUGCACAAGUACCAACCCAGCGCAGACAUGAGCCUGGUGAGUGAGGAGGAAGACGACGAGGACGAAGAGGAAGGGAAGACGGCCGUGCAGGCAGAGGAGAAGAACAAGAACAACAAACCUGGAUUAAAUGACGUGGUGGUUUCACGGAGAACCGACCGAGAGAGAAUUCCCGUCCGAUAUUGCACCCUGGGCACCAGAGAUGCCGCCAGAGAUCCACACACACUCGUGGAGCUGUCCGCCUUCUCGGCCAUCAACAGAUUCCAGCCGUUCAACGUAGCCGUGUCCAGUAAUGUGCUGCUGCUGAUGGACUUCCACUGUCACCUGACCAGCAGUGAGGUGGUGGGAUACCUCGGAGGACGAUGGGACACAAACACACAACUGCUGACGGUCUUGAGGGCUUUCCCCUGUCGGACCAGGCUGGCAGACAGAGACUCUGCUUCGGCUGUUGAGGAGGAGAUCUGUCAGAACCUGUUCAUGCGCGGGCUGUCGUUGGUGGGCUGGUACCACAGCCACCCGCGAGGUCCGGCCCUGCCGUCCCUGCAGGACAUCGACUCCCAGAUGGACCAUCAGCUGAGGCUGCAGGGAUCGAACAACGGCUUCCAGCCCUGUCUGGGCGUCAUCUGUGGGCCGUACUAUCACGGAAAUCAGGGCGUGGCGUCCACAAUAACCCCGUUCUGGGUCGUCCCACCGCCGGAGCAACGGCCCAAUGACCACGGCAUCCCGGUGGCUGUGGAGGUCACCUACGUGCAGGACAACUUUCUCACCAGCGACGUUCUUAAUGAGAUGAUGCUGCUGGUUGACUACUACAGGACGGCUCCCGACAUCGUCCACUUCAGCCAGUACUGGUGUCCCGACACCACUAUGAUGGACAAGAUCAAGGGCUCUCUGAGUUGUCACGCUCCCAAAGAUCAGGCCUACUCGCAGAUCUUAGAGCACGUUUACAGUCAGCUGAGCUGCACACACUGAAGGGGGGGCAGCUCUCCACCGCAAGUCCUUCCAUUUCAAAGAAAAAACAUUUGGGAUGGAUGUACCAUGUAAAAAAAAAAAAAAAACUGCUUGAAAAACAUAGAUGCCUUGAAUUCUGUCACGUUUGAGUAGUUGUGAUGCGGCGUUAUCGUGAGGUUAAAGGAGAUGUAGCACGGAGACCUUCAGGGACCAGAAAUCAACCUGCCGGAUGGAGCUCUUCGCGAUUGGACCUCUGUGCCUGUCUGUGCCGGUCUCCUGUCCUGAUGAGCAGAUAUGAGUACGAUGUAAACGUUUAAUGUGUUGUUAAUGCCUUUAUGGAGUAAUCCGAUGGAGCGGUAGCGCAGGGGGGGAUUAGUAGUUUUUAAUUUACUGCAAUAGCAAAGUACGUAAGAGUCUCUGGAUUUUACCUAAAGUCAACUCCGCAAUAAGUUUUGUGAAUGUGCAGUGAAAUUGGAUGGGUGAAAUCACCGUGCUGAGCAAAACAUGCGUGUGUGUGUGUGUGUGUGUGUGUGCGUGCGUGAACGUGCCCUUCUACUGUCUCCCUGUCAGGUUGUGUGAGGCUCUUUAUCUGUACUGUAUUUAUUACAAGCUGUGGAUUGUGUGAUGUACACGUAUGAAGACAGAGCAAUGCCUUAAGCCUGCUGAAGAUCCACAAAGCAUUAAAAUAUACACACUGGAAAUAUUUAAACACCA